UGGACGCUGUUGCUGUCUAAUCCCCACCCUUUGCGGAAGAAGGAAGCGCUACUACAUCAUGGGAAACUGCAUCAUCACCCCGCCGUCUCAGGUGGCCGUUAUCUCUGGCCCUGGUAAAUCCCGCAUGGUCAUCGGGCAGUGCGCAUUUCAAAAGUGGUUUAUCGAGAGGGUGGAGAUCCUGAGCCUUGAGCUGAUCACCUUGACAGUGAAGAGCGUGGAGGCCGAGACCGUGCGAGGCGUUCGCGUGACCGUCAGCGGAACCUGCCAGGUCAAGGUCGACGCAUUCACCCAACAGGACCUCGAGCAGAACCUUCCGCAGAUCACCUUGGCGUGCCAGCACUUCCUCGGCAAGACUGAGGAUCAAGUCCACCAAGCGCUUCUCCGGACUCUUGAAGGCCACCAGCGGCAGAUCCUCGGCACCCUCACCGUGGAAGAGCUGUACAAGGAUCGCGCCGCUUUCUCACAGCGUGUCCGAGAACACAUCCAGGAGGACCUGAACAACAUGGGCUUCGCGCUCGUGUCCUACACGGUGAACCAGGUCCUCGACUCCCAAGGAUACAUGGAAGCGCUUGGUGCUACUCAGACCGCCCUCGUCAAGCGCGAAGCCGCGGAAGGAGAGAGCAAGAACGUUUCAGAGGCCAAGAAGCGCGUGGCCGAAAACGAGAGCUCUGCCAACAUGGCCGAGGCUACCUACCGCGCGGAAGCACACGUCGGGGUGGCCAUGGAAGACGAGAAGCGGGCCGCGGCUGACCGAGACCUGGCCAUCAAGAAGGCGGCCUACAAGGCCGAGGUCAACCACGCCGAGGCCACCGCGGCGGUAGCGUUCGACAUCGAGAAGGCCCGGCAAGGGCAGACGGUGGUGCGAGAGCAGACGAAGCAGAGAGCCGAGGAGGCCCUGGUGAUGCUGGACGUGCAGGGUACGGAGGCCCUGACGAUGCAGAAGCAGAAGGAGGGUGUCUCGAAGGCGAUGCUCAUCGAGGAGAAGAACAAGGCCGAGGCCAUCCGCGCCAAGGCCGACGCCAAAGCACACGAGAUCAACCAAGUUGGUGUGGCCGAGGCCUCCGCCAUCUUGGCUAAGGGAGAGGCAGAGUCCAAGGUUCUUGAACUUCGUGGCGAUUCAUUCCAGCACUUCGGCAACGCCGCCAUCGUGCAAAGCAUCGUCGACAGGCUGCCCGACAUCGCCAGGGAGAUCGCCGCCCCUCUCGCCAAGACCGACAAGAUGGUGUUCAUCGCCGGGGAGGGCGGGGGCGCCGGCAGCCGGCUCACCCAAGACGUGGGCAGCAUUCUGGCGCAACUACCCGAGACUGUCGAGGCCUUAACUGGAGUGGACAUCACGAAAGGAUUGGACCGCAUGGUCGGGAGCGGAGGAGGGGGAACGGGAAACAGCAACGGCCACAUGGACCCGAAGCUUGCUGCCCUGCUGGGGGCGGCCGCCGCUAAGCAGAGGUCCCAGCCCGUCACGCCAGGAGACCACUAAGGAUCCAGUGCCAUCGACUAUAUGGCAGCAACAAGCUUUAGGGGUCCAGAGAUUGCUGCCUUCCGGAACACCUCACAACCUAGGCACGCUGAAAUUUUCCGGCCGUACAUGCAGCGCAGGGCGAAUAUUCUUCUGUCGACUCUGUGUGCUGCCUGCGUGCCCCUCUAUCGUGAGGAGGGCAUCCUGUUGAUCGGUUCAUGUGCUGCCGCCCUUCCUUUUUGCUUUUCGUGAGAGGCCAGGAAGCGACCGUGGGGGGGGAACACGCUACGUCUUCGUGGUACCCCUUCAUUGUGUCGGCUGUAAUUAUUCGGGUUGAACAUUAUCUAGAGGUCCGAGUCUACCGCUCUGUGUACCGAAUCUUUAUUGAAAACACUGCCGUUGAUUCCAAGUGUCUGGUAGAGACAGCAGAGACGAAGUUUACUGCCGUUUCUCAUGUAAUGUGUGUCUGUUUUGGUGAAGGCCAGGGUCGGCACAUCGCCGUGGCCAAGCAAACGAGCACGAUGAUGGCGGUUUCUAGCCCAUCGUUGUUGGACUUGGGAAGGGGGGCGUCUGUACGUUUUCGUAGAUGUUCAACGUACGUUGGGAAAUCUGUUCGCACGGAGGCUAGGGGCGGGACAUCGCCGUGGCCAAGCAAACAAACACGAUGGCGGUUUCUAGCCCAUCGUUGUGAGGCUUGGGAGGGGGGGCGUCUGUACUUUUCGUAGAUGUUCGACGUACGUUGGGAAAUGUGUUCGUACCUGUUUCAACAAUGCUUGUGCACUUUGUGACGUUUGCCUCCUUCGGAGUCAUGGAUUUGUAUCUGCCGUGUAAGGGUCUAGACUAUUGAGCUAUUUGUGUUUGCUGUGUGGUGGAGGUGGGUCUGUCGGGUCGAGUCAGGGAAAAUUGACUCCUGUGUUUGGUUGUGGGUGCGUUUGAGCCGACAUGCAGAAAUUGUUGCGCCUUCCCUGUCGUGUAUCGACGACUACAUAUAUGGAUGGAUGGGCGUUACGGGGAACUUUGGAGUCGGCGUUGCUUUUGGCACGUCCUCAGUUGCCGGCUUGUACCGUGUACGCUUGAAGUAAGGCCAUGUGCACGGGUUCGGGAGACUUGGGCGAGACCCUUUUUCAUUCGAAGGUGUAUCGCUUGAGUUUGGGGUGAAGAUCGGCGUGAGAAGAGGAAGUACGAUUGUCGGCGCACAUUGUUGGUACAGGAAUGAGUAAGCAUCGUGUCGUGAUAGCCUACAGGUGUUUUCACGGCAAUUCGACGAGAACUUUGACAUGAUAACAAAACACACCGAAAAUAUUUUUU